UUAUAGACAGUGCUCACGUUUGUUUUGGGUUAGAAUUUAAUAGGAUGGACUUUUCGUUUCAUUGACUUUACAAACUUUCUUGUAAAUAGAAAAACAACAAGUGGAAGAAAAAAAACUAUGUCGGUAGAGAAAGACAAUUUCGUGGGAAGUAAUAAACGUUUUAUCCACGGCAACACGAAAGCACUUACGUGUAUAAGUUAUAUAUACACUACACUAGAUUAUUUACUUGAAUACUUUGCCUUCAAAACUAUACAGAGAAUGGGCUUUCUUCCUUGUUUAAUCUGUUUUCUUGUCUUCGUUUUAAUUUUUCUAAACACGUUUGCCUCUUCUAAACGGCAGUUACUGUGUCCUCCUGAGCAGAGGAAUGCCCUUCUGAAAUUCAAGAGCGAAUUUACCAGCUCGUGUAAUUUUUCUACUUCUUAUCCAAGAACCGAGUCAUGGGCUAUCCAGAGUGACUGCUGUUAUUGGGAUGGUAUCACAUGUGAGGCCACGUCUGGCGAAGUGAUCGAGCUAGAUCUUAGUUGCAGCUGCUUUCAGGGACAACUGAGUUCCGAAAGCAGUCUUUUUAAGCUGCAAAAGCUUCGUGUCAUCAAUCUUGCUUACAACGAUUUUAGCUCUUCUGUGAUACCGACUCAGUUCGGUAUACUUUUUGAGUUAAGACGACUCAAUCUCUCUAACUCUUGGUUGUCCGGUCAGAUUCCGACAGAGCUUCUUCAUUUGACCAAGUUGAUGUCUCUUGAUCUUUCUUACAAUUCUUUAUCAUCGGAAGAGUCAUUUCUUAACAAACUUGUCCAGAAUUUGACAAACCUCCAUGAACUUAACUUAGGUCUUGUUGACAUUUCUUCAGAAAUUCCCCAAAAUAUCUCAAACCUAUCCUCUCUCAAAUCACUCUCACUUGAUAACUGCAACUUUUUUGGUAAAUUUCCAAGCAAUCUUCUUUUGAUUCCUACUAUACAAUCCAUUAACUUGUACAACAAUCAAGGUAUGGAAGGCUCUCUUCCAGAGUUUGAUGGAAACAACUCUCUUGUCUUGUUGGACCUCUCUUUCACAUCCUUUUCAGGUAACUUACCUGACUCCAUCAACAACCUCAAACAUCUAAAUGAUUUGAGACUUGAGAGUAGCGCUUUCUCUGGAAAAAUUCCAUCUUCACUUGGUAACCUUUCUAAACUAUUGGUUCUCGAACUUUCAAAUAAUUUUUUCAGUGGGCAGAUCCCUUCUUCUAUUGGAAACCUUUUUCAUCUCACUCAUCUCGACCUUUCCUCCAAUAGACUUGAUGGCCAAAUUCCAUCUUCGUUUGUCAAUCUUAAGCAACUGACUAGCUUGCGUUUAGAUUCCAAUAUGAUUGGUGGUAAUUUUCCCCUUCCACCACUCAAUCUUACGAGGUUGAAAUUUUUAUCACUUACCGACAAUCAUUUCAAAGGUACACUUCCUCCAAACAUAAGUGUUCUUUCCAAUUUGAAGACUUUUGAGGCAAGUCACAACACUUUCACCGGAACUCUCUCUUCUGCCCUCUUCAACAUUCCUUCUCUGACUCUUAUUGAUUUGAAAGACAAUGAACUCACUCAUGUUUUAGAAUUUGGGAAUAGCUCUUCACCCUCUAGACUAGAAAGGUUAUUGCUUGGCCAUAAUCAUUUCAGAGGACCAAUCCCAAUAUCCAUAUCAAAACUGGUCAGAGUUAGGGAACUUGAUCUCUCCUAUUUCAACACGGGGAUGUCAGUGGAUUUUGGUAUCUUCUCGCAACUCAAGGAGCUCAUGGAUCUGGAUCUAAGCUAUCUGAACACCACCGGUACUGUUGAUCUGAGUAUCCUCUUCUCACAUCUCAAGUCCCUAUCUAAACUGGAUCUAUCGGGCCAGCACGUCUCAACUUCAAAGAUGGGCUCAAAUUCCAGUCUACCACCACACUUGGAUCGGUUGCAAUUGUCGGGCUGUGGUAUCACGGAGUUUCCAGAGUUCGUACAAAACCUACAACAUUUGUCUGACUUAGACCUCUCCAACAACAAUAUCAAAGGUCGAGUACCAAAAUGGAUUUGGAAACUCCCAAGGUUGAUGAACCUAAAUCUUUCCAGCAACUCUUUUACUAGGCUCGAACGAUCCUCAAAUGAUGUCCCAGUACAGGAGAUACUUAUGCUAGAUCUGAGUUCAAACGCGUUCCAAGGACCGUUAGUAAUCCCGCCAGUCACUACGGAAGCCAUGCUUGUCAGCAAGAACAACUUUACAGGAAAGAUUCCUCGAUCCAUAUGUAGGCAUAGGUUUCUAAACGUCCUUGAUUUAUCCAACAACAACUUCACCGGCUCAAUUCCUAGGUGUUUAAGGAAUCUGAAUGAAUACCUUUCUGUGCUUAACCUCCGUUACAAUCAACUCAGCGGAAAUAUUCCAGAAAUAUUUACCAAUGCUACCGAGUUAACUUCACUUGACCUCAGUCACAACGGAUUUGUGGGGACACUUCCAAGGUCUUUGAAGGACUGUCCGGUCCUAGAAGUGCUCAAUGUGGGAAGUAACAAAAUCGACGACGCUUUUCCAUUCUGGUUGAGUUCUUUGCCUAAACUAAAAGUUAUGGUCCUCCGCAAUAAUAGAUUCAAAGGACUCUUAUACCGUCCUCGUCAUUCUUUUGGGUAUCCCAAUCUGCAAAUCAUUGACAUAGCCAACAAUCACUUCACCGGGAACUUGCCUUCAUAUUACUUUGCAGAAUGGAACAUGACAACAAGUAAAGAUUUCAAAGGAUUUCGUUACAUUGGCGACGGUGGAAGCUAUUACCAUGAUUCAAUGGUUUUGAUAAGUAAAGGAGUAGAGAUGAAACUUGAACGGAUAUUUACACUCCUAACAGCCAUUGAUUUCUCUGGAAAUAAACUUCAGGGAAUGAUCCCUGAAUCCGUUGGUCUACUGAAGGAUCUUAUUGUGCUCAAUCUGUCAAGUAAUGUUUUCACUGGAAACAUUCCUUCAUCUUUGGCGAAUCUGACUGAGCUUGAGUCACUAGACUUAUCACAUAACAAGCUUUCAGGCCAUAUUCCACCUGCCCUCGGAGGCCUCACCAGUAUCUCCAACAUCACGGUUUCCCACAACCAGCUCGUGGGACCGAUACCGCAAAGCACACAGUUUCAAACGCAAUCUGCUUCAUCUUUUGAAGGAAACCUUGGACUUUGUGGUCUUCCUCUCAGUGAAAAAUGCGGAGAUAACGUGGGAAAAGAGCAAUCACAAGUACUAGGAUCAGAGGAAGAAGAAGAUGAAGGAAUACUGAGCUGGACUGCAGCUGCAAUAGGCUUAGCACCUGGAAUCAUCCUAGGACUGACCAUCGAGUACAUUUUGAAUAUACCAAAGGCUCGAUGGUUCAUGAACACAGCAGAACGCUUUAGGUCAUUUUGACUUGUGAGUUGAGAAGUUAUGCAAUACAACCCUUAAGUGAGAAAAAGGGCGACGAAGAGGAUGAAGAGGGUCAAACGGCAAAUGGGAUUGCGAGUUUCGAGCUUCUGUCUAAUUCAAGUUAGGCCCAACCAAACAAAAUAGUGGUAUUGUUUGUUACUUGUUACUGUUUUAUAUUAAGAUGUGAUAUUUUGUUUCAAAGCUGUAUAAAUGUUGUUGAAAAUAUAGAUGUUGCACUAUGGAACUAAAUUAUAUAUAUUGAUUGAGAGAGAAGUUUCGACUGAA